AUAACUAAUAACUAUUCAGUAUUCAGCUAGGUCCCACUAGCACUGACAGUAAUAACCAUCCAGUUCAAGGUCCCAUGUCAGUACCUCUCUGCUUAGUAUCAGUCAGUCUUAUCGUUACCCUGGUUUGCACUCAAGACAAUCUUGAUGUCAGGUUGUUCUGCAAGGACCUCCCCGAGGAACAAGUUAAAUGCGGAGAGGAACUUCAUAUAACCAAAGCCACUGAGGCAUAUAAGGUUUGCAGUGACAAAACAGCUGCCCCAUGCUGUCGAGCUAAUAGAACCAUACUAGUGGAAUGCAUUCCCAAAGAAGAUGUUGUUUGUAUCGGUGAUAGAGGUAUUCCUGAGGAUUGGAAGGGGAAUGUGUCCCAUCACAAGGAAUUGCCGUGCAGAUAUGUAACUGGUUACGACUAUAGGACUGCUCUGAUUCUUUCUGUUUUUAUGGGGAUGUUUGGAAUUGAUCGUUUCUACCUUGGGUACUACGCCAUCGGAUUGCUAAAGUUUUGUACAUUCGGAUUUUUCUUGCUGGGACAACUAGUGGAUAUCAUCCUGAUAGCUACCCAAACUGUAGGGCCUGCUGACGGCUCAGAUUAUCUCAUAUCUGUGUACGGACCUAUUUUAAAUAAAGUGGGCAUGGAGAACCACACGUUUUAUCAGUAUGGUAGUUACUAUUUCAAACAGCUGCAGCACGAUGAGUUUUGAAUUCCUAGCGCAGGAGAAGUCCAUUCAUAGCACCGGGAAUGCACAGUUUGACAGUUUUUUAAACUGAUGUAAAGAUGAAGUGACCGAUGACGUACAUUACUAUAGAAUGAUGGUGUUACUGUCAGCUAGAAACUCUGGACACUUCUUCCUUUCUUGGUUCUAUCUUGUGACGGAGCAGUUUUUACUCAUCAUAACACAGAUCUUCCUAGAGAAUUGCUUUCACCAUAUUACGUCAUAUGCAACGUGAGAAGGGCAUGUGGAACUUUGAACUUGAUGUUUUAUAAUUCUAGCCGAAAGUAGUAAACUGCGGGCUAAGUGUAAUAUUGAGGACAGCAUUGGUCCAAAUUGUUUCCAACAAAUUUUGAUUUGUUAUUUAAAACUGAUCAGGAGAUUUUUGUUUUUUAACUCACGACUUGAAUUGUACUAUAUUGCAAUUGUGAUUUAUCUUUUUUGAUUAUUGAACG